GAGCGGUCGGCGCGGCGCUCCGGCAGUCACCGCGCUGACGGACGUCGGACGGGCUGUCGCCGGUCACGGCUUCCUCCCUCCACUUUCGGAACCACGUAACUGAAGGCCAACGCGUGCAUAACAUGCUGUGUAACCAAACUGUUCUUAUAAAAUUCGUGAUAAAGUUUAGUGCUACGUGAACUUUGUGUGAGCGAUGUGACGUGCCGAGUGAUUUUGUCACAGCGGACUUCGUGUUAUUGUUAUCGAGCAUGCAGUAGCAACGGCUGCGGCCGAUGGCGCCCGGGCUGCUGCUGGCGCUGCUCGCCGCUCUGCUGGCACCCGCCGGCACCCUGCACCGCAGCCGUCGCGAGUCGAGCGAGUCGACGACGAGUUUCGGGGUUGGCAGCUUCCACGUGCCGGCGCCGCUGAGUGAGGCGGAGGCGGCAGCGGAGGCGGCGGCGGAGGCGGCGGCGGAGGCGGCGGCGGAGGCGGCGGGCGUGCCGGCGUGGCGCGAGCUGUGGUACGCGUCGCUGGAGGCGCUGCACCGCGAGCCCGUGCUCAACAACACGCAGGAGGACGUGCUGGCGCAGCUCGGAGGCCUUGCCUUCCUGCACUGCCCCGUCCGCAACCUUGGCGAACGCGGAAUAUCCUGGGUGAGACGGCGGGACUGGCACAUCAUCAGCUCCGGUGUCUUUAUGUACACCAACGACGAGCGAUUUCAGGUACUGCACAGCGAGGGGUCCGACGAUUGGAUCCUGCAGAUCAAGUAUGUGCAGAAACGAGAUAACGGCACGUAUGAAUGUCAGGUGUCGUCGGGCGGCGGCACGCUGUCGCGCCUGGUGCACCUGCACGUGGUGGUGCCCGAGGCGUUCAUCCUCGGCGCCGACGAGUACCACGUGGACGCCGGCUCCACUAUCAACCUCGUCUGCAUUAUUGAGAAGAGUCCGGUGCCGCCGCAGUACGUGUUCUGGUACCACAACGCGCGCAUGAUCAACUACGACGCGGCGCGCGGCGUGGCCGUGCACACGGCGCCGGGCGCGCGCACGCAGUCCGCGCUCACCAUCCGCGCCGCGCGCCCCGCGCACUCGGGCAACUACUCGUGCCGCGCCGCCAACACCGAGCCCGCGCACAUCUACGUGUACGUGUCGGAGGGCAGCGACAAGAUGGCGGCCACGCUCAGCCGCAGCGCCAGCGUGGCGUGCCGCCGCAGCACCGCGCUCACGCUCGCGUCGGCCGCGCUGCUGCUCGCCCUCCUCUUGACCUCCACCCCGUACCGUGCCGAGUGUCAAUACUAGCGCUAACAACUAGUCGUCUUUGCAUCCUCUUCGAAUAAGAGCAUUCCUCUGUCUCAUAUUAUGUGACUUGGCUUUAACAUUAUUAUUUCGAAAUAUGAACACCAGAAUAAUUAUUGAGGUGACGAAAUAUGUACUCUCUAGGAUUAUGGUAAUAUUGAAUCUUAUUUUUGUUUGUUUAUUUGUAACGAAACGCAAAAUACAUCUUCGUUUUCGUUUUGGUCAUCGUUUAUUAUCAGAGCACAGGUCGAGACAUAUUUUAUAUUAAAUGCGUCUUUCUCAUAAUAUACAUAAUUAUAAAUAUUAACUAUAAUGAAAUCAGAAAAUUGAUACAAUAAAUAACCUCAAAAAUGUACACCCAAGCUAUCCGCCGCGGCUUUACCCGACCGGAAAGAAUGACCAACAAACAAACGCACACACAAACACAAUUUCUCAUUUAUAAUAUUAGUAAGAAUUGCGCCAAAAAAAAAUAAAGCAGCUGUAAAGUAUACUCAUUUUUAUUUUAAUUUUAUCACUAGUUGUGUGGAUAAUAUGUUGUGGACAAAAAAAAACAAUUAAGUUACGUUAACGUUGUGAAAAUGUAUUAAUAUUCGAUGACGAAUUUGUGAACUUCACUGAGAUUAUUAUAAUUAUAUAAAUUUUGCUCAAUGUAAGUUGAUUAGGUGUACACAGUAUAGUUAUUGUCAGCGGAGAGCAGGCGGGGCCGCCGCCAGCGCCGACACAUCUGCUAUUGAUUUGUUACUUGUGUUAUUGUGUUAUCUUAGCAUUGCUGAGAAUUACUAGAUUAUUUAAUAAUUAUAAGGUUAAAUUAAUGAAUUAGUUAAGAUAUUUAUAUAGUUGGAAUUAAAUCCAACUAACUCUACAAGUAAUUUAUAAUAGUUCGAACCCUAUUUGUUUUGAUUAAAACUGAUGAAACGUCUGUAAGUACAUGUAAAUAAAAUUAUAGAUAAAUGUCGUUUAUUAUAAUAUUAAAAACUUUCCUAAUGUUUCAGGAAUUUUAACUGUUUUCUUAAACUCGAAAUUGUAAUAUA